AUGGGACACUGGGACACGUGCACGUGGCUGAGCACAAUUUAUCACGUGAAACGUGUCCUCCAAUUGUGGAGACGCGCAAGUGCCCGGGCGACUACGAAGAGGCGCCAACGCACAUCGGCCAAGGCCAAGAAAACGCCCAAGAACACGACGCAAUCGCAUGCCAACGACCCCGUAUCCAGCCAAAGCCGGCAACGACAAGACGACGGGGACGCCGGAGACGACAAAACGCAACAGAUUGACGAAUCUGGACGACCCAAAACAGAUGACGAGACAGCGGUAGUAUCGGGAGCGGCUGACGAACCAUCCACGCGAAGAAUCCAAAACAUCGACCCUUGA